AGUUUUUAUUUAUCAUCUUUAUACGUUGAACUGGAGAUGGAUUUUAGCAGCCGUAAAGCGAGAAGCCACGCCUCCGUGGCAAUUAUAUCCAAAGGGGAGGGUGAACGUCAUGUGAGAAGGCAGCUAAGAUGACGCAGCCCAUGAGCAGCAGCAAUCGCUUUUCUGUUUGGCGCGAGAUUUAAUAUUAGACCGUCAAACCUUGCUCCAUGUUAGUACAAAUCCAUAACAAUUCCGUGAAUUUAAAGCGCGAUAAGGCACAAAACGCGCACGGUAUUCAUUAAUGUAGAGCAAUGACUUUUUAUCCAAAGCGAGAAAUGGGAACGGUUAAUUAUGAUAUGUGAAGAUACAACUGUGACUGCUACUUGUUGCAGUUAAAGUGUUUACUGUAGGGAUGGAUUAUAUAUAUAUAUGGCAACAUGGAAACGCCGUUCUCUCUACCUAAGCCUACUAGAACCAAGAACUCUUCCGGAAAUGUCUCCGACAGAAGGAUCUGCCUUAGGAACCUGGAGACGGAGAGCAAAUGCAAAACCCAGGUACUCCCAAAACACAACAGGCUGAAACGAACAAAAACACACAAAGGAUUGGAGAAUUUUACUGACUACGGAAACAGGCUCACCCACGUGACUGAGACCCCGGAGUCCAAUGCAUCUUGUGACGUUAUUCUCAUUAACGGUAAAGAAAAACUAUUUGCAGAUGCUGCCUUAACUAUUGAUGGUAAAGACAAUUCAGUUUGUCUUCCUAUAUCAUCAGAUCUUCCCACAGAAAGCAUAAGAAAUGAAGGACGCCAUUCUCAAACUUUGCAAAAAGUUUCCCAAAUGCAAAAUGGGGUAUCUACAAAGGGAUUUCUGAAACGCAAUAAACUGGCAUUAAAGAGGAUGAGCAGCAAUAUGGGUGUUCAGUUUUUCUCUAUUCCUGCAGAGAGAGAACGUGGCUCAAGUGACAGAAGCUUAAAGCCUGACAUUGAUCAUUUUGCAGCUGAUAAAGAGGUGUUGUCCAGCUGUUUACGAAUAAACACCAGUAAGGGGGACCGUUUGAUGAAUCAGCCAGAAGUCAACAUUGGACAAACCCCAGAGAGCAAAAAACAUCAUGAUAUUGGCCAAGCCCUGACUCUCAUCACGCCUCGGACUGCUCAUAACAUCUGUAGAGAAUCAACCAAUGUCAAAAUCCUCAGAGAAAUGAUGUCUGGCUGGAGAAAUGAAUUUCCCAACGAAAUCAGCAGUGAGUUUCUGGAAGAGAUUCAGAUACUCAAUUUGCAGUUUCCCAUCCACAGGUUUCUCACUCUUCUCUUGAGGAAGAGAACUACUCCCGAGGAGGAGAGUUCUGCUUUGGAAGCAGAAAAAAAUGACGAUUCCAAGCAUCCUUCAGCUUCCUCUGUCCAGAGAAAGAGAAAACGAGAGUUGCAAGAACAGAUGUGUGACAGGACAUACAAAAGUCCUAAGACAAACAAAGGCAGUAUUUCUGCUGAUAAGUUGGAUUUUGAGCAAUUUUCAGAUAGUUUAACCCACUCUCAUGCAAAAUACAGAAACAGACUGAGCCGAACAAAACGCAGACAGCAACAAACUACAUGCUGUCCUGUUGUCACUGAACCAAUGCAGGACGAGUCUGUUCAUCAGGACCCAUGGCCCGGUUGUCUACAAAGAGUGGAUGUUCUCUGGACAGAUAAAUAUAACCCUCAACAGUCUAGAGAAGUCAUUGGCAACUCUGCAUCAGUACGGCAACUACACAGCUGGUUAAAAGAAUGGAAAUUAAGGGCAGACAUUGAGGAGAGGAGAAGACGACAAGAAGAAAAGAGGAUGAAAGAAGAAAACAGUAAUGAGUCGUGGGACUGUGGUGAUUUUGAGGGUGAUACUGUAUCCAUAGACCAUGAGAAGGAGCUGUGUAACACAGUGCUCAUGAUCGGUCCAUCUGGAGUGGGCAAAACAGCUGCUGUUUAUGCCUGUGCACAGGAGCUGGGAUUUAAGGUGUUUGAGGUGAAUAGUUCAGUCCUGCGCUGUGGUCGUCUCAUCCUCUCCCAGCUGACAGAAGCGACUCAGUCUCAUCAGGUGGACAUACAGAAAAUGAAAACCCUCAAACCUGAAAUCAUUAACCAAAGCAAAAUAAAACCUGCUCCACCUUGCGAUGAAGCCAAUAGAAAGGUUACUUCAUCUAAGGGCACUUCAAAUUCUCCUAGUGUUUCCUGUCUAAGUGGUAAACCAGUAAAUCUCACUCGUUUCUUCAAGUUGAGUAGCAAAAAAUCUGUAGGUAAAACCUCUGAUGGUCCUGAACGCCGUAUUCAUGCUGUCGAACUGAAACCGGGUAGACUUCAGAGUUCAGGGUCGGGUUUUAAGGACAAGAGAGAAGGAAAUAAGGAGUUAACGUGUUCUUCUAAAGAUCCUACGUCAGUCAUGCAGAGCCAAACAAUCCCUAUGUCACUCAUUCUGUUUGAGGAGGUUGAUGUCAUUUUUCCUGAAGAUGUUGGAUUUCUUGCAGCAAUUAGGACUUUCAUGAGCACAACCAAAAGACCCAUAAUUCUAACAACCAAUGAUCCAUUAUUUGGUAGAAGACUUAAGGGGCAUUUUGAUGAAAUCCAUUUCCAAACUCCUUCACUGCAAACCAUCAGGAGCUAUUUGCAGUGCAUGUGUGUGGUGGAGAACAUGAGGACUGAUCCAGAAGACAUGGCUUUUUUGUUGUGUCAGAAUAAGGGGGAUAUCAGACGGAGUAUUCUCCAGCUUCAGCUCUGGGUCUGUAGUGGUGGUGGGAGAACGGAACAACAAAUUCUCAAGAACACACUCAAAGUGAGCCAGUGUGGAUCAUGGACUGAGCUGGAAAACAGCAGAUGUCUGGAGAUCCUGGCAGAGAAAACGGGAGGAGGCCUACUGUACUCCAACAUCGAAAGACUAUUUUCUCCACAUUGCAUAUCUCAAUCCUCUCAUCAUCAAGAGUCAAUAAAUCCCAAGACUAAAGGAGAAAAGCCAGUCAAAGGCUUGAUAUUACAAACCUCUACAAAUGUAAAUGAGGUUAAACCAGACAGACUCUCUACACGCAGAGGACAAAAACGUUUGUCAUCUUGUGAGCCAAAAAAUAUUUCAUACCUACAUUCAGACCUUAAACUUUUCUCAGUUCCCUCAAAGCAAACUAAUCAUUUGGCUUCAGAAACAGAUGUCCAUGGACAAGAUAAUUCACUCAUGCUGGUUUUUCAGCAUUUGGUGUGCAUUGCAAAGUUUUUUGACAACAUGUCUUUUCUGGAUGCUUAUUUACAAAGACCAUCUCUCAGUGGAACUGGAUAUUGCAAACCGGAACCUCUUGGUUGGAUGGGCGCCACACUGAAGGAUAGCUUAUUGGACUUACCAAGAGAGGAGCAGAUAGGACAGUGUUUCGAGAAUUCCUCACAGAUAUUGGCCAUUGUGGAAGGUUUGGGUUUUCUUCAGUGCCAGACUGAAUUCUCUGGGAUCUGGAUGGAAGCUGUGAGGCUGAGGGAGAAGUUGUCUUCAGAGAGAUGGGAACAAAUUAUUUCUGCCCUUUCUCUGCCAUCUGACAUAAAAAACCUCAAAUUGUGUCACUGCAAAUUCUGUGCACCUAGUGGUAUCCAGAAGCGCAAGGAAAUUGUAUCCAUAUUGAUCUCUAGCAAAAAGGUUUGUUGUCAUAAUAAUAAACCUGCUCUUUCCAUGGACUACCUGCCCACUCUGCGCUCAAUCUGUAGAUCAGAGAGAGUUAAAGAACAGCACUCAUUCAGACGUUCACACUACCUUUCAAACCUUAACCUGCCCAGAAGCACACUGGACCUUAUGGCCUUGGAUUUCCCUUGAUGUAUGACUGACAUGCUGCUCUAGAAAACCUCCAUGACUUCUAAACUGUUUACUGUAUUGUGACAGGAAUGUGAUGUUUGUACAUGGUUACAGAAAUAUAUAUGUAAAGUCUUAUAUAAGAUCAUUUACUCUUGUCAAAUAAAGAAAAUAUAUUUUUAA